AUGACGGCUGAAAACUCGUCACUAUCGUCGUUAGGCACCAGCUCACGUGGAGAUAUGUCUUCCGAAGGCUCUCUGGAAUUGUUUCUCGAAUUUUUGAAUUGUAUCAUGACACAAGACUUCUCACAAGCUUUGAUUUUGUGCCGACAGAUUUUGGAAACAGAACCGGAAAACAAAGAAGCACGAGAAUUUCUUCCGUUACUUGUCGAGGCAAAUCACAUGAAGUCAACCGGAUUUUUCCAUUCCUAUCAUACACCAGAGGAAAGCAGUGCUACCGAGGAUGAAGAAGACUAUGAGGACGAACAGGAAUCCUCAUCUUCAGACAGUUCGGAGAGUUUUGAGUAUUCAAGCUCGGAUUCGGAAGGUUAUUCUGGCAAAAGAAAACACAAAUCCGGGAGCUGA